ACUCUCUUUCAAGCGGUGAAAGGCAAGAGAGAAAGGUUGAUACUCCAUAAACCACCGGCACCAAAACCGGAAUCAAGUUCAGGAAAAACCCUGAACUUCAAAUUCUCCCUGUUACUGUAUCUAGAGGCAUUAAAUAGCAUUAAGAUUAACCAAAUCUGAUGAACCCAAGCUCUUUCACCUCUAUAUAAAGAGGGGGAAAUUGGGUUGUUCUUGGUUUGUUGAGGAUCAGUUGGUUCUCCGAUUGUUUUCUGGCUCUUUUGGUGCUGGGUUUUGGCUCCAUGGCCGCCGAUGCGGAGGUGAGCGGUGGCGAGGCGGUGGCGCAAGAUUCCGUGGUUCAGUUCUCGCCGGAGACUGACACUGAGAAGCCGAAAGCUGAGCCUGUGGACAGCGGCGAGAAGGAGGCUGAUCCGAAAUCGGAAUUCAAAAUGCGAGACAUCGUCGAUAUGCUGUCGAAGCUGAAGUUGAACCCUCUGGCGAAAGAGUUCUUUCCUUCAUCCUAUUUGCAUGAUCGUAAUCGGGAUCAACUGGCGGCUAAUAAUCAGUUUGGAAACGAUGGGAAUCCCAACAAUCGGAGGAGAAGAAACAGCUAUAAUCAAGGCAGGAGAAGGCUGAAUGGGAGAUCUUUUAGAGCUCAAAGAGAAGAUAGUGUUAGGCGAACAGUUUAUGUCUCUGAAAUUGAUCAGAAUGUGACCGAGGAGCGGCUUGCUGCCUUGUUUAGUGGUAAAUGUGGACAAGUUGUUGAUUGCCGAAUCUGUGGCGAUCCACAUUCGCGGCUUCGCUUUGCAUUUGUAGAGUUUGCUGAUGAGCGAAGUGCAAGAGAAGCUCUCAACCUUUCUGGGACAAUCAUAGGUUUCUAUCCAAUUAGGGUUUUACCUUCAAAAACUGCUAUCCUUCCUGUGAAUCCAACAUUUCUCCCUAGGUCAGAAGAUGAAAGGGAGAUGUGUGCAAGGACGGUCUACUGUACAAACAUAGAUAAGCAUAUUUCUCAAGCUGAUGUCAAGUUCUUUUUCGAGUCAUGUUGUGGUGAGGUUUCACGCCUGAGGCUCUUGGGUGAUAAUGUCCAUUCAACGCGUAUUGCAUUUGUUGAAUUUGCUAUGGCAGAGAGUGCCAUUGCAGCCCUGAGUUGUAGCGGGAAGAUCUUGGGAACCCAACCUAUCAGGGUCAGCCCUUCAAAGACCCCGGUGAGGCCACGCGCUCCUCGCCUAGCACUAAAUUAACUAGUUUCUGGACCCUGGGAUGUUUGGAUGCAAGUCGGUGUAUUCCCCAUCGAGAGAGACUACUCUGUGAUGCAAUGCAUGAGGUUUCUUUCAUUUCCAACAUUCUGCCCCUUUCCAUAGCAAUAGCAAACUUUCCCUGCUUCCUUAAAACUGAAGUUUUUUUGGGGAGAUGGUCCUGUCAACUUAUUACCUUAAUGAAUCCGUCUGCUGCUUUUAAAGUGCAAUUUUAUCGACUUCUGACGGUGCUAGCUUGUUCUU